AGCCGGGCUCGGCCGCCAGCACUAAAGAUGGAGAGGCGCCGGGGCCUCGCAGGGGAGGGGGCUUGGCGUUGACGUGGGACGCGGCGGAGGCGCCGCAGCCGGUGGUGAUUUGCUAACCUCGCAGCACAGAGGAGUUGAGGGCGAUGAGAGCGGGUACUGCGAACUGCCGGGCGAUGCCGCCGCUGCCGCCGUGAUACCGAGAGCAACAGUUUCCCAGCAACACCCCUCCCCGACACAGGCACACCCCCCCAAGAGGCACGCACACCCACCCCACGGCGCCCGGCUCGGCAGUGCCCUCUCCAUUGGCCCAGGAAACCCACCCUGCCCUGCCACGCAGAGCCAGGAAGGAAAGAGAGCCUCAUGCCUAAGCCUCGGGGAGCGCCAUGGAUCUGACAAAGAUGGGCAUGAUCCAGCUGCAGAACCCCAGCCACCCCACGGGGCUCCUUUGCAAGGCCAACCAGAUGCGGCUGGCCGGGACGCUGUGCGAUGUGGUCAUCAUGGUGGACAGCCAGGAGUUCCACGCCCACCGGACUGUGCUGGCCUGCACCAGCAAGAUGUUUGAGAUCCUCUUCCACCGCAACAGCCAGCACUAUACUCUGGACUUCCUCUCUCCAAAGACCUUCCAGCAGAUUCUGGAGUAUGCGUACACGGCCACGCUGCAAGCCAAGGCGGAGGACCUGGAUGACCUGCUGUACGCAGCUGAGAUCCUGGAGAUCGAGUACCUGGAGGAGCAGUGCCUGAAGAUCCUGGAGACCAUCCAGGCCUCAGACGACAAUGACACGGAGGCAACCAUGGCGGACGGCGGGGCCGAGGAGGAAGAGGACCGCAAGGCGCGGUAUCUCAAGAACAUCUUCAUCUCGAAGCAUUCCAGCGAGGAGAGUGGGUACGCCAGCGUAGCUGCUCAGAGCCUCCCUGGGCCCAUGGUGGACCAGAGCCCUUCCGUCUCCACCUCAUUUGGCCUUUCCGCCAUGAGUCCCACCAAGGCGGCAGUGGACAGUUUGAUGACCAUAGGACAGUCUCUCCUGCAAGGGGCUCUUCAGCUGCCUGCCAGGCCUGAGGAGCCGACGCUGGCUGGGGUUGGGCGGCACCCUGCGGUGGCCGAGGUGAAGCCGGAGAUGAUGCAGGUGGAUGAGGUGCCCGGCCAGGACAGCCCUGGGACGGCCGAGUCUAGCAUCUCAGCCGGGAUGGGGGACAAGGUUGAGGAAAGGGGCAAGGAGGGACCCGGGACCCCGACUCGGAGCAGCGUCAUCACCAGCGCUAGAGAGCUGCACUAUGGACGCGAGGAGAGUGCCGAGCAGCUGCCGCCUCUAACUGAGGUGGGCCAGGGUCCCCCAGGCCGACCGGAGCCCCCCGCGCCCCCCUCUGAGAAACACCUGGGCAUCUAUUCCGUGCUGCCCAACCACAAGGCCGAUGCCGUGUUGAGCAUGCCGUCUUCGGUGACCUCGGGCCUCCACGUGCAACCCACCCUGGCCGUCUCCAUGGACUUCAGCACCUACGGGGGUCUGCUGCCCCAGGGCUUCAUCCAGAGGGAGCUGUUCAGCAAGCUGGGGGAGCUGGCAGUGGGCAUGAAGGCAGAGAGCCGCACUGUCGGGGAGCAGUGCAGCGUCUGCGGGGUGGAGCUUCCUGACAACGAGGCCGUGGAGCAGCACAGGUACUUCCAGAUUUGUAAAUUUUACAUCACUCCAGACAUCAGAGGGAUUAUGUGCAGUGACAUAACCAGGAAGCUGCACAGUGGAAUGAAGACAUACGGGUGUGAGCUCUGCGGAAAGCGGUUCCUGGAUAGUUUGCGACUGAGAAUGCACUUACUGGCUCAUUCAGCGGGUGCCAAAGCCUUUGUCUGUGAUCAGUGUGGUGCCCAGUUUUCGAAGGAGGAUGCCCUGGAGACCCACAGGCAGACCCAUACUGGCCUAGAAAAAGUUACGAGCAAAGGGGAAGAAAGCAGAAGCGAGCGAGGAAGACUGCAGAGAGACUGCUCAGUUGGCACUGGGUACCUGGAACGCCAGCGGGGGAGAGCAUGUCCUCUUUUUUUUUGCUCGUGGCUGGGAGUUGCCUCUUUGGUACAAGCAUAUCUAGAUCUAUGAAGUUUAACUGUGUCCAGUUAAUUGAAUUUAUAAUUCAGCACCCAAAUGCUGAAAAGAAUUGUCUUUUAUGUUCCUUAAUGAGUGCUAUAAAAACAAGUGGUGCAUCUAAUUUUAUGAAUGAUCCUUUAUGACUUACCUGAUAACUAGUAGUUGUUCAACACAAAGGACUCAUAACUCAGUCCGGGCCUGAGAUGGCUGCCUGCAGUACAAGAAUUUGUUUUAAAGUUGCCAUCUUGUUCCUCUUGAGUGGCCUUGGAAUUCACCUGUUCCCUCGUCCACUAUCUCCUCUGGUAGAGGAUGGGGCUCAGGUUCCUCAUUCUGGGGGAUUGUGGAGAAGGGUUACCUGGCCUGCCAGCCCGAGAUGACCGAGAAUUCGCACCUCUCCGCGUUGGCUCCUACCAAGAAGGGGAAGGGAAAAACAUGACGGCCCAUCCCAAUCUCUCUCUACUGGCAGACCUCGAGGCCACUUAGUUGUUGCCAGCUGCGCUAAGGAAGAGAAUAGAAACAGAGAGAAAGAGGUACAAGGGCUGUGAAAACGAAUUUUCUUUUAUCUUCACCCUACAACAAAGACAAUGAGCCUCGAAAAAAAAUAAGGAGAAGAAAUUUCGGUUAGACGCUGGUGAGAACUUCCUGAAUUGAAAAGAUGUUCUCAAAAGAGACUGUGGCAGCUCCAUCUCUAGAGUGUGCACACAUACCUGUG